CAAAAGGAGCGGUGAAGGCUGUUACAUUCUCCUAAGUACAAGGAGUCUGUCCUAGUAGCAAGCUUUCUGUGACUUGCUUCCAGUUUCUGAAUCUGAAGGUCCAGUGAACAGGUGAUACAGAGGGAGGUGAGAACAAACUGGAAGAUGAGAGGAAUGGAGAGUGACAUGAUGAGAAUAUAUCAGCACACACCUGUAGAGUGAAGCUGGCCUUCUGGAAAGAAGUUCUAUGAAUUAGCAGCUAACCUGCAGAACAGGAAAAGAAGAUUUUUCUCUUCUCAGUAUGCACAACAAGAAUGCACUGGGAAAAUGAACAGUAGAAAGCAGCAGUGAAAUAAAGGACAGCUAUCUAAUGAACUGUUGUCUUGCAUUCACGCAGUCCAGCUCAAGCAGCAUCUGCAAGCUUGACAAGUUAUUUCAUUCAGAAGUCUAGAUACCCAUUUGCUGGCCUUAAGUAAUGCAACAUAUUUAUAUAUUUUGAGAAUUAACAUGACAACCAGCAGCCGCACAUGUCCAGUACCAACAGUGAAUGGACAUAUGAAUCACUAUCCAACAGCCCCAUAUCCACUACUUUUUCCUCCAGUCAUUGGUGGACUGUCACUUCCUUCCCUUCAUGGACUUCAGAGUCACCCACCAACAAGUGGAUGCAGCACUCCAUCCCCUGCAACAGUUGAAACUCAGAGCACCAGUUCUGAGGAACUUGUUCCAAGCCCACCGUCUCCACUUCCUCCCCCACGUGUUUACAAGCCGUGUUUUGUCUGUCAAGACAAGUCAUCUGGAUAUCACUAUGGCGUCAGUGCUUGUGAGGGAUGUAAGGGUUUUUUCCGAAGAAGUAUUCAGAAGAACAUGGUUUACACGUGUCAUAGAGAUAAAAACUGUGUUAUUAAUAAAGUCACUAGAAAUCGCUGCCAGUACUGCAGACUACAAAAGUGCUUUGAAGUGGGAAUGUCCAAAGAAUCUGUCAGAAAUGACAGGAACAAAAAGAAGAAGGAGCCUUCAAAGCAGGAGUCCACAGAACACUAUGAAAUGACAGCAGAGUUGGAUGAUCUCACUGAGAAAAUCCGGAAAGCGCACCAGGAAACCUUCCCUUCACUCUGCCAGCUGGGAAAAUACACUACGAACUCUAGCGCAGAACAUCGGGUUCGACUGGACCUUGGGCUUUGGGACAAAUUCAGUGAACUGGCUACAAAGUGCAUUAUUAAAAUAGUGGAAUUUGCAAAACGACUGCCUGGCUUUACAAGCUUGACCAUUGCAGACCAAAUAACUCUCCUUAAAGCAGCCUGCCUGGACAUAUUGAUCCUUAGAAUUUGCACGAGAUACACCCCAGAGCAGGACACGAUGACAUUUUCUGAUGGCCUUACCCUAAACCGAACUCAGAUGCACAAUGCUGGAUUUGGUCCACUAACUGACCUUGUGUUCACAUUUGCCAAUCAGCUCCUGCCUUUGGAAAUGGAUGACACAGAAACAGGCCUACUUAGUGCCAUCUGCUUAAUCUGUGGAGACCGCCAGGACCUUGAAGAACCAGCAAAAGUAGAUAAACUACAAGAACCGUUGCUGGAAGCAUUGAAAAUUUACAUCCGAAAGAGACGACCCAACAAGCCUCACAUGUUUCCAAAGAUCCUAAUGAAAAUCACAGAUCUUCGCAGUAUCAGUGCAAAAGGGGCAGAACGUGUGAUUACACUGAAAAUGGAAAUCCCUGGAUCAAUGCCUCCUCUCAUUCAGGAAAUGUUGGAGAACUCUGAGGGACAUGAACCACUGACACCAAGCUCAAGUGGAAACACAGCAGAGCACAGUCCUAGCAUCUCACCUAGCUCAGUGGAUAACAGCAAUGUCAGUCAAUCUCCAAUGGUGCAAUAAGACAAUUUCCAGCUACUUCAGACAUUUCUAAUACCUUAUGUACAGGGAUGAAAAGCAAGAAAAACAUUUUUACUGCUGCUUAGU